AGAGAGCAAGACUCAAAAUGAAGACUUGCAGGUCCACAUUAAGAACAAUGAGGCUGGUCAUUCUUGUGUGCCAGCUUGGCCUAAUUCUGAGGACUGAUGCCCAGACGCCACAAGUCUGCAUUACCAGUGACACAAACAGACCUCCAGUAAACACAGACAUAAAGGUGGUGUGCGGCACCAAGUACAUGGACCUGGAUAUCUACAUUUGUCCGGUGUACCAAGCUCUUUACAAUGAGUCCCUGAUGGUGCUCAAUGGUCAAAUCAACAAUCCUGAGUGUUACGGGACUCCUGACUGGAAUGCUACCCCACCACUUUUGAAAUUCCGAUUCCCCAUAAAUGCCACCUCCGGAAAGUCUUUCUGCGAUAAUAGCAAUAAGAUAACCAGUGAGCGUGGCGAAGGAGUGUUUGCUGACUUCUCAAAUGUCCAGUACGUCAACAUCUCUGGCACCGUUGUCUCUAUAGACCCCUCUGCAGGUACCAUCACCUAUCGGCGGCAAAUCAUGUACAAGUUUUCCUGUAAAUACCCGAUGCAGUAUCUGCUCAACAACACUGAAGUGGCCGUAUCAGGUGUGAGUCUUGCCAUAAGAGACAACAAUGGCAGCUUUAUCAGCACACUGAGUAUGGCGCUCUAUAGAGAUGCCAACUACAAAGACCUGCUAAUUGUCCCAGAAACGGGGCUCAGUCUGAAGACCAAGAUCUAUGUUGCAGUUCAUGCAACGAACCUAACAGAAAACUUCCACGUGCUGCUGGACAGAUGCUUUGCAACAACAAAACCAGAGCCCUUCAAUAGCACCCAUCAUGAUCUUUUUGUAGGGUGCACCUUUGAUGGGCAGACCAGGGUGGAGAUGAAUGGGAAGGGACAAAAGGCAUACUUCUCCUUUGAGGCCUUCAGAUUUGUAGAGCACAAAAAUCUGACCAUUUCCACUUUCUACGUGCACUGUGCCGUCAGACUCUGUAAGGACGAGGACUGUGAAAAUCUGUCCAAUUGUACCAAGAGCCAGAGCCAGACCCAGGCCCUGAGGAGAAAGAGAGGGAUCGAGGAUGUACCGACCAACGGCACGAUCACCUCGACCGUCAUACGUGUGGGCACAGGGGAAAAUGGAGAUGCUCAAACUUUCGCAGCUUCUCAAGGUACGUCACGUGGCUACAGCAGCCCUGUGGUGGCUAUAAUCAUCUGCCUUGCCAUUAUUGCUAUUUUCAUCGCUGCCAUGGUCAUAUUCAUUGGGGUGUACAUCAGACGGAGAAAAGCAUUUUCCUCGUAAAAUCCCCUGACAGAGAGUGGAGUCUUAACAUUUCUCCCAAAACUCAAACUGAAACACUUCAUCAUCUACAAAGCAUGGCAUUUAUGCCACAGAUACAGCAAAAAUAAGUCAUGAGAAACUAUAGUGAGAAACAUACAAUCAAACAUCGACGUAGAUUUUCCAUUUCACAAACAUAGCAUCAUAGCACGGUGGUCACGCAUGCAAGCAUAAUUAAUAUAAAUCACCUAGCUUGUUAAUAUGAAGAUGAGGAUUCAGAAGAUGUACAAUAACUGUAUAUUACAAUUACAUUUUAUCAUGUUUUAUUAUCAGAGUCUUAUUGAAGUAUUUAAUGAAUGGGGACAUGUUUUGUAAUCCAUAAGAAAUGGGGUACUUUGGGAAUUAUAAACAAAAUAAUCGUGCUGUAUUGUUUAGUAAAACAUUAAAAACUGCCAGGUUAGAAAAUAACCCAAACUUAACAGUACUGGUGGGUCACCAUGGGACACAACAUGUCCUUGGUUUUACCAUUUAAUCCAUUAGGUUGGGUUGCUCAUUUGGCCCAAUCUAGUGAGGGAAAUUAAGUCUCUUGAUGGGUUAAAUAUUACCCUUUUACUGCGUUAUUUCUUGUGUCAUUGUUGUUGUACUUUUAUAAUUGCUGCUUUUACUUCUGAAGUUAAAGACCACUGUAAGCCCAGGGACUCUGGACUAUGUAAAUAAAAGUGACUUUAACUAA